CACAAUUCCUGAGAAGGAGAAAAAUUGCUGUUGGUGUUGGGGGCACCAUGUGGGCAAAGAAUAUUACUGGAAAUUUUGCUAAUGUGAUUCAUGGGCUGAAGGCCAGCCACUUGACUGAUGUGGUCAUUCAGAGGAGCAAACGAAUGAUUCUUGAUACCUUGGGAGUUGGGCUGCUGGGUACCAAGACAGACGUCUUCCAAAAAAUGGUCCAGUACAGUAAGACCUACAGUUCCGAUACAUCCAGCACUGUUUGGGCUCACCCAGAUAUCCGGCUCCCUCCCCUGUAUGCAACUUUUGUGAAUGGAGUGGCGGUUCACUCCAUGGAUUUCGAUGACACAUGGCAUCCAACCACCCACCCAUCUGGGGCCGUGUUGCCUGUUCUCCUAGCACUCUCUGAAGCUUUGCCUGAAAACAAGAAGGUUUCUGGCCUUGAUCUCCUUUUGGCUUUUAAUGUUGGCAUUGAAGUACAAGGCAGAUUGAUGCACUUUUCCAAUGAGGCCAGCAACGUCCCUAAGAGAUUUCACCCACCGUCCAUUGUUGGCACUCUGGGAAGCUCUGCAGCUGCUGCCAAACUCCUGGACCUUAACCAAUUCCAGUGCAAGGAGGCCCUGGCUAUCGCUGCCUCUUAUGCUGGGGCGCCAUUAGCCAAUGCAGCUACCCAGACAAAGCCUCUCCACAUGGGCAACGCAGGCAGACACGGCUUGGAAGCGGCCUUCUUAGCCUCCUCAGGCCUUCAAGCAAACAAGUUGAUCCUGGACUUAGAGUCAGGCUUUGGUGCUUUUUAUACAGACUACUUACCUCAGACUCUGCCAAGUUUGCAAUCCUAUGCGUGGCUUUUGGGUCAACAAGAUGUAGCUAUCAAGAGCUUUCCAGCCCACCUGGCAACCCACUGGAUGGCAGAGGCAGCCUUGGCAGUAAGGAAACACCUGGCCAAGAGCACAGAAUCCCUUCCAAGUGGCCUCAUCAAGGCGAUUGUGCUUGAAGUCCCAGACAUUCAAUAUGUGAACAGGCCAUUCCCUGCCUCAGAACACGAGGCCAGGCAUUCCCUCCAAUUUGCAGGCUGCACUGCCCUUUGGGACGGCUACGUAUCUAUGGAGUCAUUCGAACAGCAGAACAUCUCCAGGCCUGAGUUAAGCGAACUGCUCAGAAAGACACACCUGGAGCAUUCCCCCAACAACCAGCCCAGCUUCAAGGACCUCUACUGCCAAGUGACGAUUGCCCUUCAAGAUGGAGCCAAGGUGACAGAGCGCUGUGACACAUUCUAUGGGCACUGGAGAAAGCCGCUAAGGCAGGGGGAUCUGGUGAAGAAAUUCCAGUCUAACGCCACUACUGUUCUCUCACUGGAAGCUGCUGAAAGCAUGGUAGAAGUAGUCAGUAACUUAGAAAAGCUCGAUGACUGCAGGUUGUUGACUUCCCUACUGCAGGGGGCCGAGUCAACAAGCAAACUAUUAAAACACAGUAAUGGACAGAUUUGCAACAGACUUGCUGUGCUGUAAUGAUCCAAGAUCCAGGCGUUUUACUAGUGACUCCCCUCAAAAGUCUUCAGCAGUGGACAAACGGUUGUAUUCUGUAACGUGACUAACCCUCUUACAGAGCUUUGACACUCUGCGACCUCUCACUCAGAAAUCCUAACAUACUCCGACUUUUAGGCACACUGGGUCUUUUCAUGCAGAAGCCCUAAUGCAUUCAGCCAUGCUCCCACCGAGCUUGCUUUAACUCUGACUACAGCUUUGACACUCUCGCUCUGAAACCCUAUCACCUGCCAGCCCCCAACACAGCCCUCCCACAUGCACACUCUAGACUCAUCCUCCUCUCACGGCCCACUUUCUCCAAGUCAGCUCUGUUUAAUGUCUCUCUCUCUCACACGCACACACACAAAAUCAUUACAAUAUUGUUCUCAUCUUUUAGCAAAGAAAUGCUAAUAAUAAACUUUUCAAGGCUGCUAUUAUUAA